CCCAAAGGGUGGAAGAUGCUGGGCAAGGCCACCCUGCUCCUGUUCCUGCAUUUAGUCACGUGCUCCAUCUCCUCUCCUCUCUACCCAGCUCUCAGGUACAGUCCAGAGCCAGUUACUAGCAAGGCCGUGAACUUCCAGCUACAGCACAGCAGCCCACUGCAGAGCCAUAACCUCUCGGCGGAGGAACAGGAGGAGGAGGGUUUGUUAACAGAUCCCACUGAGAAAAGGAUGCAACGCCACGCUGAUGCCAUAUUCACCGACAACUACCGGAAAUUCCUGGGGCAGAUUUCCGCCCGCAAAUUCUUACAGACCAUCAUUGGCAAGCGGCUUGGAAGCAGUGAGAGCAGCCCAGGAGAAGGGGUGCACGAGUUUCUGACAAGGCGCCAGUCCGACAGCAUCCUGAUGGACAGCCGCUACCACCAACAGAUGGUACUACGGGACUUCCUGGGAGCUGUUCUGCAGAAUCAAAGGCCUCAGGACAUCAACAGCAGUCGGUUAGAAGGCUUUCCCAGCACCCUGGCUAAGCUCAUGUAAAUAUUUCUCCCUUUUUCAUCUCCCCAUGCUCUGGUGAGUACCAUUCCCUGCUCAAUUCUGUACAUAACAUGCACUGCUCAAGCAGUUUGAAGGCUCUCCUUCAGCAAAGCCAACUCCCACUACUGUCCAUGGGUGCUUGCUGCAGUUUAAGGGGAAAAAAAUUCCCAAUCAGUUUUGUCAAGUACCUAAAGUCCCAUUAGUCUGAACCGAUGGACCAUAGGUGUUGCAAAACCGCAUGUGGAUGUCUAGGAACAGGCUUGCAGCGACCAAGAGCAGCCUUGUAAAGCUAUCUGAGACUGUGUGCCCGAGUGUCUAAGCUAGGCUAAAGGCAGACAAGUCUUCCUCCAGGAGCAAAACCUGCCUCUAGAUCCCUGGGACG